CAAAGGAAGUCAGCUUAGAGAUCCAAUUCCCAGUAAGAAUCUGAUAAUUUUCUCCAUUAGUUUCUGCAUAAACAUUUGAUGAGAUCAAUGGCACUCAAUGGCAAGGCUGAUGAAUCGGAAACUUAUUCAGCUUUAGGAUUGGUUGAUUCAGGGAAAGGAAUAAGUUGUUCAGGAACUCCCCACGUUGUAUCGAUUGUUUCAUCUGUUCUUGAGAGAGCAAUUCAGAAGAAUGAGAACCUACUGAAGGCAUCGAACAAGAAGGAUGUUGUUACCAUAUUUCAUGGUUCAAGAGUUCCCAGCUUGAGCGUCAGACAAUAUAUGGAACGCAUCUUUAAGUACUCAAACUGCACCCCUUCUUGCUUUGUUAUUGCAUACAUAUACAUCGAUCGAUUCCUUCAAAAACUCAAUGCUUACCUUACAAGCCUCAACGUGCAUCGCCUUCUGAUUACCAGUAUCAUGGUUGCUGCAAAAUUUUUCGAUGAUGAGCGUCAUAACAAUGCUUAUUUCGCCAAAGUGGGAGGGGUGAGCACUGCAGAAAUGAACAGACUGGAGAUGAAGUUCUUGUUUACUCUGGACUUUAGGCUUUAUGUGACAACAGAGGUCUUCAGGAAGUACUGUCUAAACCUGGAGAAAGGAGCUGGAGAAAUACGAGAUCAUGCCGUCAAACCAAUUGAAAAAAGGAUGGCCAUUCAAAGAUGAGAGCUAAGCUGCAGAGCAAUAUGACAGAAGCAGCAGCCUUCUCUAUAAGUUUUCUUCAUAUUCAAUCUUAGGGGAGUCAAUAUAUCACAAAACCAGAUUCCAGGACACGAAAAAUGUCUGAAAUAAUGUAGAACAAUAAACUAUAUAUGGAAGAAAA